AUGCAUAGUGCUGGUAUAUCGAGUGCGUGGAUUGGGGGCCGUUUCAUCUCCGCAGGCCGAAGGCUGUAUUUCGGCGAGCCAUCCACCGCGCUGUUCUUUCUCUCAAAAUUUGACAUUUGCUCUCCACGACCCGCCAGUUCUUUGCGUGGAGGGUGGCCCGAAUUAACAUUUACAGGGUGUGCUUCCUCCUGUACAAGUUCGUGUUUCCCAGCUGUUGCGCGGGUAUCAGUGUCUCGUCACACACCAGGAGUCCGCGCGACGUCUCUGGCUCUUCCUAUCUCGUCGCCUCCCCGGUUCGCGUCGCCUCGCUCUCUGUCGCGUUCUCUGCAUCCACUUUCUUCCACCUUUUCCCCUUUUCCUGUCGACCCCUCCAACACGCUUGCCCUUUCUCUUCCACACACAGAUUCGACUCUUUCUCUAUCCCGCGCCUCGGGACUUCCUUCUGCCUCCGUGCUUUCUGCUUCUCUCACCGCCGCCGCUUCUUGUCUGGUCUCUCCGCUAGGCUCUCUUUGUCGGGCCUCUGGCGGUGCGCUCGACAGAGGGGAGGUAGGCGAGAAGAGGGAGCGCGGAGACACGGGAGGAGACAGCGAGGACGCUUCUGCCUCAGGGGGACAGUCGCCUUCGACCUCAGCGAAGGCCAAACAGGCCUCACGCUUCAAGGGAGUCGGAGUCGCGAGCGGAGACAGAGAACGACCGAUUCGCAAGGGACGCAGAGACAGCGUCGGUGGAAAGAAUCGAGAGGACGGACACACAGAAGAGGGGGCUGGCAAGACCAGGAAGCCACAGGGAAAAGAGCAGAAGGCUUCCACAGAGGCUUGGGAUCUCAGGGAACUCAUUCUUUUCGGUCGUCGUCCGGAACGCACCCACACGAGAAGAGAGACAGGGAAAAGUCGAGCCACUCUCAGCAGUGCGCUACACAGGAAGCGCGGUGGAUCGAAGCUCGGGUUGACGCUUGCGUCCGAAGAAGCGGCGGGAAAGGCAGCACAGCAUCCAAGGUCCGACACGAAGACAUGCUGGAAAGAAAGAGACGAGACAGUCUGUUCUUCGACUCGAGGUCUACUGCCCGGAACUGUUAACAUCCCGUCUUGCCAAGAGAAGACUCCUCUCGAUUUGUACCGCUCUACUCCUCCUUCUCCUUCGCAUUCUCACGCCUUCGCUUCAUCGCCGACCGGAGUGGCUCUGGCUUCGUUUUUCGGGAGUUUUCCACUCAACUCCUCACGACCUUUCUACGAGUUUUUGUGGUGUGCGCCGGCACCUGGCGAGCCGCCUCGAACGUACGUGCCAGAGGGGCUGGAAGACUGGGAUUUCCGAAACUUGAAGCUGGAUCGGCCGCUGCUCCACAAGCCUGGACCAUUCUUCGAUUCGUCCGCUUUCUUUUGGCAUUUCCUCCUGCGUGACCUAGUCGCUGCUGCUCGACGGCCUUCCCCCCCGUUUCUUCCGCCUCCGCGUCGCUACAUUUUCUAUCCCCUCCCCGAGUCCUCCUAUCCUUCUUCCUCUCCUUCUCCUUCGUCUUCUCCUUCUUCGUCUCCUGCUGCUUCUCCGUCUUCUUCUUCUCCUUCUUCUCCUUCUCCUCUUCCUUCUUGUGUGGGAGAGGGUGUUGCGUCAGGUUCGCCGGUGUCUGCGAGCCGGACCGUUCCGGUUGCGAGCGUUUAUCCUAGAGAGGCAGAUCUCGUAGGCGUCGCGCCUAUGUCUCCUUCUCCGGUUGCCGACGGAGGCCGCGAGGGACUGGCAGCUCCGUCCUCUUCUCCACACUCUCAGGGAACGACGCGCCAGUCUCCCUGGAGUUGCCCCAGACGCCCGCUAGGCGUCGAAUCUCGCGUUUCUUCUCCUGUGUUGACGCAUGCACUUUUACCAGGCAACCCACCGCCUUCGCCGUACAACGUCAACGGCAGAUACCUCCCCUCUGCUCCUCCACGGUUUCGCGACUCUCUGCUUCCUCCAGGUCCUCGUCAGCAGGCGCAAGGUGAAGCCUGUGCUUCCCCUCAGUCUCGGGUCUCUGCUGUCGAGCCUCGGGGGUCUGCACCUGCUUCUUUGCUCCAACAGGAGACUGUCUCCUUUGCGUGCCUCCCGAGCCCUGCACCGUGUCCGAAGUGUCUCUCUUUGUCUCCACGCCCUGUCAGCUGCCCCUCUUCCUCGAGCUCCACUUCUUCCUCGUCUUCGUCUUCUUCUCGCAGAGGCCGGCUCCCUCUGUCUGCAAGUGAGUCUCCCGUUGUCACGGCCGCGUCGAGCAGCGAGAGGUCGGACUCCCGCAAGUCUUCAGGGAAACCGCACUACUACAUUCCUCUCCCUCCUCUUCCGCAGUCUUCUGUCCCCACGGCUCUCCCUUCUUCGACGAGAGAGAAUUCUCAGUAUCCUGUCUCGCCCACGGAGUCUUCUGCCUCGACUCCAAGAGGCAAGUCUGAACCGAGCGAAAUCUCUUCUUCUUCGCCUCGCGGCCAGACGCCUCGCCUCAGAGUUGCUCAGCCCCCAGACUCUGCUCCUCACGCUGCAACGCUCCCCAGGUCCGCUCCACAGCUCUUCGUCUCUUCUGUUCCUCCAACGCCUCUGACCGCUUCGCCGGUGCAUGCACCCAUUUUUGGCACAAUGAACCGCGUGUCGAUGAAGCGCGACGGACCGCCUUGGCAGCAGGCAGGCGCGAUGAAAGCGGAGGAUCCGCAUGGAAGCCGCCAGCGAGGGCGAGGCCCCGAGCGCGAAAAGACACACCGGCAUCCCAUCGCAGGACCGCCUCCAGAGCUGAUUCGAGCGAAGCUUCACAAGGUGAUGGACGAUCCUGCGAACUUCCGAAAAAGCGCGAGAGCCUCUUUCAAGCAAUUCGACCGCGAUGGCGACGGCUUGCUGGCAUUCGAAGAUCUGCGCCUGUUGAUAGCGCGUCUGUGUCGGAACCUGCAACUGCCUCCCGUGGACGACGAGGUUUUGCGAGUCAUUUUUCGUGCCUUUGACUCUGAAAAAAAGGACAAACUUGAUGUGGCAGACUUCUCUCGGCUGUACUGGGAGCUCUUGGGAAGAAUUCGAGACAAAUUCUACCCGGUCAAAAAGAUGCUCGUUCGACGCUCGGUCUUUGUCGGCAGACGAAACUUGGGCGAAUCCAAGAAAACGAUCGAUGACCUCUUCAUCUUCAAAAGGAAACUCGGGUCCGGCGCAUUCGGGGAUGUCCACCUUGUUGAGGAAAGGAGUAGUGGUCUGGAGCGUGUAAUCAAAACCAUCAACAAGGACAGAAGCCAAGUGCCGAUGGAGCAGAUCGAGGCCGAGAUUGAAGUUCUGAAGAGUCUCGACCAUCCGAACAUCAUCAAAAUCUUUGAAGUUUUCGAAGACUACCACAAUAUGUACAUCGUCAUGGAAACCUGCGAGGGAGGAGAAUUGCUUGAGCGCAUUGUCUCUGCACAAGCGCGAGGCAAAGCUCUCAGCGAAGGCUACGUUGCUGAGUUGAUGAAGCAAAUGAUGAACGCGCUCGCCUACUUCCAUUCCCAACAUGUUGUUCACAAAGACCUCAAGCCGGAAAACAUUCUCUUUCAAGACACUUCGCCUCACUCUCCGAUUAAAAUUAUCGACUUCGGUCUCGCAGAACUUUUCAAGAGCGACGAACACAGCACUAAUGCGGCUGGCACUGCCUUAUACAUGGCACCGGAAGUCUUCAAGCGAGAUGUAACUUUCAAAUGCGACAUCUGGUCUGCAGGAGUGGUGAUGUACUUCCUUCUCACUGGCUGCCUGCCGUUCACUGGGACGAGCCUGGAAGAAGUGCAGCAGAAAGCGACGUACAAAGAGCCGAACUACGCAGUGGAGUGUCGCCCGUUGACGCCGCAGGCUGUUGAUCUGCUCAAGCAAAUGCUGACGAAAGAUCCCGAGCGAAGACCCUCGGCAGCACAAGUUCUUCACCACGAAUGGUUCAAACAGGCCAACACAGCAGCUCUGCCCAUCUCGCCCAUCAUCUGCGAAAACAUGAAGCGAUACAUGCGGCAGAGUCACUUGAAGAACGCUCUGGUGAAUUUAAUGGCACACCAGCUGAAUGUGACGGGCCAGCAGAUUCGCCACAUUAAUCAGAUUUUCCGACAACUUGACAAGAACGGCGAUGGACUCCUUUCUCAUCAGGAACUCACAGAAGGGUUGGCGGAGGCGGGCGUUCCGCAGUGGGACAUCAACCGUAUUCUUCAAUCGAUCGACGUAGACGACUCUGGCAACGUUUCCUACACAGAAUUUCUCGCUGCAUGCUACUGUUGGCAAGAGACAGAGCUGAACGUUGUCUGGACAGCCUUUCAAAAGAUCGACAAAGAUGGAGAUGGGCGGAUUUCUGUUCGAGAAUUUUGCGACUUGGUGCUCGGCCGCGACAACAAGCUCAUCCCCGAGGAAGAGUUGCGAGCGAUGGUGGCGCAGAUGGACAGAGACGGCGACGGCCAGAUCGACUGGGACGAGUUCGUCGCGUAUAUGCGCCACGACUAAACGCAUUUCAAGAUUCGAGCCUUUUUCCUUUCGCCGCUCUCGUCGGAGCUUCCUUCGGCAUGCCUGGCACUGCGGGUCGCUCUGCCCAUGCCAGCCCCCCUCACGCGGAACUUGGUUU